AUGGAAGCAGAAAACUGCACACGUGUGUCAGAAUUCCUCCUCCUAGGCCUCUCAGAUGAUCCAGUCCUACAGCGCCUCCUCUUUGGACUGUUCCUGUCCAUGUACCUGGUCACAGUGCUGGGGAACCUGCUCAUCAUCCUGGCCGUCAGCUCUGACUCCCACCUCCAUGCCCCCAUGUACUUCUUCCUCUCCAACCUGUCCUUCAUUGACAUCUGCUUCAUCUCCACCAUGGUCCCAAAGAUGCUGGUGAACAUCCAGGAAGAGAAGAAAGACAUCUCCUACAUAGAGUGCCUGACUCAGGCAUAUUUUUUAAAUACAUUUGCUGGAAUGGAUAAUUUCCUCCUGACCAUGAUGGCCUAUGACCGUUUUGUAGCCAUCUGUCACCCCCUGAACUACACAGUCAUCAUGAAUCCCUGGUUCUGUGUCCUCCUGGUUAUGCUGUCUUGGUUCCUCAUGUUCUGGGUCUCCCUGAUUGAUAUUCUACUGAUACAGCGAUUGACCUUCUCCCCUGGCACUGAAAUCACACAUUUCUUCUGUGGACUGGCUCAGCUUCUCAACGUGGCCACCUCUGAUAUCCUUAUCAAUAAUAUCUUUCUGUAUGUGUCAACUGCCCUACUAGUUAUGUUUCCUAUGACUGGGAUCCUCUUCUCUUACUCUCAGAUUGUCUCCUCACUAAUGAGAAUGUCUUCCAUUGAAAGCAAGUAUAAAGCAUUUUCUACCUGUGGGUCCCACCUCUGUGUGGUCUUCUUGUUCUAUGGAACAGGACUUGUAGAUUACCUUAGUUCUGCUGUGACUCAUUCUUCCCAGAGAACCAUGAUCGCCUCAGUGAUGUACACUGUGGUCACCCCCAUGCUAAACCCCUUCAUAUAUAGCCUGAGGAACAAGGACAUGAAGGAUGCCCUGAGGAGGCUUCUCAGCAGAGCAGUCUCUUGUCCCUAA